AUGCCCCAAGCUCCAGCUCCAAACCCGAAGAUGAAGGGGAGGAGCAGGGUGAGCGGGCAGCCCAGCUCCGGCGCACGCCGGCCACGGGCAAUCGUUUUCUCCGAGCACACCUACGAAAUUUCUCUCAACCUUCGCUCAACCGACGCUAGAUAUUCCUCGGUCGGCGCCCCCAAGAACUUUGGGUUACAAAUCUCCGGGGCAUGUGACACCAACAGACCUGCUCAUUCACCGGUAUUCAAGCCACUGGAGUGGAAGCUGAUCAAUUAA